CUCAUUAGCAGAUUACCGCAGUAGUAGGUACCAUGACAACGAGGGCUCGUGCGUCUUAAGGAUAAUGCUGCUCUCUGAUUGGCUAAACGCGUAGGGCACAAAGUCCGUCAAGCAGGUAUCACAGUGCCACUCAUUUACCGCGUUCUCACUUGUACGAAAAGCAGAAGAUGCAUAACUGAGUAAUGUGGGGCGAUUCAAACAGAGCGAUAGAACAAUCUGUGCCACUAACUCCAGAUAAAUAGAGCACUAAGAUGCCCAAAAGCGAUACCUGGCCAGGUGGCACUGGAUUGGAGACGAUGAUCAGCAUGGAUAGUGCUGGCAGCUGUGACAGUGUUGUCAGCGCCAAUUCUGGCUUUAGUGAUGAUAGUCUGGAGCACCUGUCUGCUGAAGAGAAAGCCUGUCUCAUGUUUUUGGAGGAGACUAUUGAGUCUUUGGAUACUGAAGAGGAUAGCGGAUUGUCCAAUGACGAACCUGACCAACUGCCCAACCCUGGCAACCUUGCUACCAAGCUGGCUAACUUGUCAGCCUCCAUGAGCAAAACCAAGCUCAGCAGUUCACAGAAAAAUGCCUCUAAAGAAGCCAUGAAGGAAAAUGUUGACACCAAACCCACGCAGACCUACCUGGUUCCUACACCUCUUGUUGUGGCAAGUAGCUCUCUGUGUUCUGUAUCCAGUGCUAGGCCAGGUGUCCCUCCAGACAAAAACCUCUGCUCUCAGUCUCACUUUACUCCUUCAAGCAAAGGACCUGGUCGCAAACACAACCAGAACCCUGUUGCUACCCAGGAACCUUUAGAGGUUAAUGUUGUGAUACUACCUCCCACCAAAACCAGGGACUACUCAGUUAGGACAGCUGAAGGUCCUUUACCUAGAGGACCUCUGUCCUAUGAUGCACUUGUCCACCUGCGGAGGAGUGCCUCCACAAAGAAGACGCCUUUAUGUCCCACAAUUGAUCAUACUAUAGACUCGGACAAGCACCUUCCCGUUAGAAUGGAUGGUCUAAAGCCAAGAUCUGACAAAUCCCACUCAGAUGUUUCUACGUCUAAGACAAGUCCUCCAGUUGUGCCCCCUAAACCCAAAAAGAUUCCUGUCAACAUAUCAGUGAAAACACAAAACGAAGCAUCCACAACAUCAGACUCUUCCAACAGGAUCACUCAUGCAACAGACCCCAAGGUUGUGAGGCUGGAAGCUUUGCAGAAACUGGGCCUCUUGAAAGAUCAAGAGUCAGAAAAUGAGACAUUAGCCCCACUGCCUCCCCCUAAAUCUAACUCCUCUUUGAACACAACACCAAACAAAUUCACAAGAGGCCCAUCAAAUGCUAAUCCAUCAAGAAGCCCAUCAUUUUGUUAUUCUCAAGUGCCCUCAGAGCCCAAGAAUAGGCCUCUGCAGAGCAGUGCCAGUUUUCAUCACGUCUCCAGAAAUGCACAGCCGCCUGUGUCUGUAACUCAUCCUCAAUCCAAUGGGUUAAAAGCAUCUGGUCUGGAGCAAACCGCUACCCUGGACAACCACAGAAAUGGCGAAAACUGUCCUGACCCGAAACACAUCACAGUCACCACCUCAGUGAAGACCACUGCUGCAGUUCAGCCUCUACCCCACAACAACCCAAACUCAGUCAAAUACACUGCAAUGGUAGUUCCAGGUAUGGGAACUGAUCGAAAAGAAGCACUCAGAAAGCUUGGACUGCUCAAAGACUAAAACAGAUGAACAGCAGAUGUUCCGCUUGCAUAAAUGCAGUGCUAAGAAAGAGUUCAAGAUGACCAUCAGCUUAAAGAGUCAGAGCAUUAAGCGGGAACUUGGCACUCAGCACAUUGGCAAACAAAACAAGAGGAUGAAGAAGAAGAAAAGAAGGACAAUACCAGCACUUUUAGCUUAGCUCUUGAGAGCAUUUUUUUUCCAACUGUUCUUCUGUUAGGCAUGACUUGAUCAGCUACAGCAUGACUUCAAAUCAUAUAUAUGCAUAUGAGAAAAAUGGAAGCAGUUUGAACAUCAGUAUAGUGUUUAAGUAAUAGUCUUCACUUCUACAUCUCAGCAUUGGGUUGUUGAAUUUUUUACAAACACUUUUAUGCAAAGACACAAAUUUAUGUCUAGAAGAAAUAAUGUGUCCUGUGUAAGAAGCCUUAGCUUACACAUUUUCAAAUGGAUGGUAUUCUAAUGAAACAAGUCAUAUUGUGGCUUUACAUUAAUCUUUUUCCUUCCCCAUUAUAAUUGUAAGGAACAUGCUUCUCCACUGUACUUCUACUUAAAGGAAACAUC